UUAUUCCCAAUUCAGCAAUAUCCAAUUCUUCCAAACAAAGCGGAUAACUGUCCGACAUUUCCAAAGAAAACAGUGUCGGUCAGUCUUCUCUCCAUUCUCAAGUCUCAACAUACUCAAAGUUAAAAAGAGAAAGAUGGAAGCAAUAGAGCACAAAUACGUUGAAGUGAAUGGACUAAAAAUUCAUAUAGCUGAAACUGGAAGUGGGAAUUCCCCAGUUGUGGUAUUCUUGCAUGGUUUCCCUGAAAUAUGGUAUUCUUGGAGGUACCAAAUGAUAGCUGUAGCCAAAGCUGGUUACAGAGCUAUUGCACCCGAUUUCAGAGGAUACGGGUUGUCGGAUCAACCACCCCAACCCGAGAAAACUACCUAUCUUGAUCUUGUCAAUGACCUCCUUGCACUUCUUGAUGCUCUUAGCAUCUCUAAGGCUUUUCUCAUUGGCAAAGACUUCGGAUCUGCUGUCCUUUCCCUUUUUGUUCUUCUCCAUGGGGAGAGAGUCUCCGGAAUUAUUACCAUGGGAGUGCCGUUCUUGCCCCCACGAUCUCCCAAGUACACUGAAGACCUCCCCGAAGGCUUCUAUAUUUCACGAUGGAGGGAGCCUGGGAGAGCUGAAGCUGAUUUUGGUCGCAUUGACGCCAAAAGAGUAGUGAGGAAUGUAUACAUUCUUUUCUCCAGAAGUGAAAUACCAAUAGCCAAUGAAAAUCAGGAAAUAAUGGACAUUGUGCAGCCUUCAACCCCGCUACCACCUUGGUUCUCUGAGGAAGACUUGGAUGCAUAUGGAGCUUUGUAUGAGAAAUCUGGAUUCCAAACUGCUUUGCAGGUCCCCUAUAGGUCAUUGCAUGAACAAGCCAACAUUACAGAUCCAAGAGUUCAUGUUCCAGCACUAUUUAUUGCCGGCGAGAAGGAUUAUUUCCUAAAAUUUCCGGGGGUUGAAGACUACAUAAGUGGAGGACUCAAAAGUUUAGUCCGUAAUCUGCAGAUGGUUAACUUGCCAGAAGGAACCCAUUUUGUUCAAGAACAAUUACCUGAUGAGGUCAAUCGACUCAUGCUCGACUUCCUUACUAGGAAUAGCCAAUCUUGAAUAAUCAUCAGUAAGGCUUUGUUGAAAAGCUUUUAACAGUUAGGUUUGUAAGUUUGUUGCAUCUAUUUAGGAAGUGAUCAUGAGUCACUCCAUCUUUGAUAUUCUAUCAAGUCCUUGUUUUCUACAUGUAUUAUUGUAAUGCAGUAAGCCAGUGACCCAAGAGGUCUUAGUCUACAUCUUCAAUAUCGUUGGUGUCUGGAUAAGUAAUUAAAGUAUAUGUAAACUGCCACAACACUUUAUAGUGUAAUUUGUCCAGUCUACUCUCCUGGUAAAGCUGAAAAGGGAUGAAUAAAUGUAAAACUACAACUGGA